AUGUUCGUUUUCAAGAUACUAGCUAAAUACGUAAGAAAGAUAAAUGCAAGAUAAUUCAAAAUGAAACUGAUAAAUUUAAGUAUUUAUUUUAGAUUCCAAACAUCAUUUCUGAUCCUAAAUUAGUAUAGAGAAGAAAGACAUUUGAGAUUUUCACCAAGAAUGCCAAUUCAGAUAUAUAUUAUAUGCAUUUUAGAAAGCAUCAGGAAUAGCAAGGAGCAUAUCUUAGUAGGCAGACUAUAAGGAAGUGAUAUCCAAAAUAUACAAUAAUAAUAUUUAAGAUUCAUUUGUACAUAAAUUGCAUAAAAAACAAAGGGUACAUAUUAACAAAUGAGUUAUGGUCUAAUAAAUUAUUAAGUCAGAUGUCUGAUUAAUCUAGACUCAAAGAAUUAUCAUAAAUAUUACAACUGUAAAAGAUUAAAUUAAAUUCUGAAGAAUAAAUAAUUGAAGAGCUAUGAUUAAUACUCUAAGUAGUUUAUCUAAUCUAAAUGUCUAGAUAGAUGAGAAGUUUCAAAAUUAUUUAAUGAAUUAGAUGAUUAAGUCAUUCUUGAUCAGACUUAUAAGGAUAGUCGUGUUUUAUCUAGGAAUCAAAAUGUUUCUAUGAAAUAGACAGAUCAAAGUUUUUUUUCAAGGGAAAUUAUUACUGGAUAAAUAGAUAAGAAGAGAACUAUAUAUUCUUAAUAAUGUACAAUAAAAUUUGGUGAAUUACUUAAGUAAUCAAAAGAUGAAAUACAAUCAACUUAGUAGGUUAUAUUAAAAUUGAGAAGAUUUAAAAAGGAAGAAAGAGAAUUAUAAGAAAAACUUAAGAAGAUUGUAAUUCAAAGAGUAUUUGUAGAAUAACUCAAUAAUGUAAUUAAGAAUUCAAAAGAAAAUAAAUUGAUUUUAUAUAUUAUACAUGUUAUAUGA